AUGUCCACCGACGUGAACAGUUCGCUGCCGCCUUCGUAUUACGAAAGCGGCUUUCAACUAAUACGCGACUCGGCCCCGGCUCAUUUGGUAAGUCAUCUCCUCGAAGAUGAUAAUGAAGAAGAGCAUGUGGAACACUUCAUGUAUAAGCAGCAGCUUGAGCGUAAGCUCACUGUGAUUUCGAUUGUCGGACUUGGUUUUUCGUUAGUUGGUGUUCCUUUCGGUUUGUCUUCCACGUUGUGGAUUUCGUUGGUCGAUGGUGGUAAUGUCACUAUGCUCUAUGGCUGGCUUGUCGUGGGUUUCUUUAGCAUUUGUGUGGUGUUGAGUCUUAGUGAAAUUAUAUCAAAGUACCCCACCUCUGGUGGUGUUUAUCAUUUCAGUGCUAUCUUGAGCAGCGAUAAGUACUCAUCGGUGAGUUCGUGGUUCACAGGCUGGUUCCUUAUCAUCGGUAAUUGGACAUAUGCCGUGAGCAUCAUGUUUUCGGGAUCGCAAUUCAUUCUUUCGAUCUUUGGACUCAAGGACGUUUAUUAUAAGGAGGAUACUCUUCUUGUGCUUGCCGUUUACUUUAUCCUCCUAACAUUUGUGGGUUUCGUCAAUUUUAAGUUCUCUGGGUACUUGGACUACAUUAACAAAAUGUGCAUCAUAUGGUCCAUUGGCACUGUUCUCAUGAUUGACAUCAUCCUCCUCAUAUUUUCCAAGAAAACCAACUCUGCGACCCACACGUUCACAAACUUUGACAAUUCCAGAUCCGGAUGGCCCGACCCUGUCGCAUUCAUGGUGGGCCUUCAAAGCUCCUCAUUCACACUCACAGGCUACGGUAUGCUUUUUUCCAUGACCGAUGAGGUUAGAAAUCCCGAAAGAAAUAUGCCCAGAGGUGCUGUGAGUGCUAUUUGUAUGGCUGUGUUUCAGGGCUUGAUCUUUAUCGUUCCUAUUCUUGUCAUCUUGCCAGCACUCACAGUUAUCCUUGAUGACACACCGGAAAUUAUGCCCAUCGACUUGAUUUUUAAAUCGGCUACCGAAUCCUAUCUUGUCUCGUUUUUGUUGGUUCUUCUUUUAGUUGGUACGGUCAUGUUCCAAGCUAUUGGCUCCGUGACAACUGCAUCGAGAUCAACAUAUGCAUUUGCGAGAGACGGAGGCCUCCCUUUUAAAGACAUUUGGACAAGUGUCGACUCUGUCGAGGAUGCCAUUGUGCCUAAAAAUGCACUUUUUUUAUCUAUGGGUGUCUGUGGUACUUUUUCGCUUUUGGCGUUAGUAUCUCCGUCAGCAUUCAAUGCAUUCAUGGGAGCCUCUGUCGUCUCUUUAGCAUUGGCCAAUGGCAUUCCAAUUCUUUGCUUGAUGUUAAACAAAAGACAAAAGAUCAAGGGUGCUGCUUUCAGACUACGGUCUUUUGGUUGGGUUGUUAACGGCAUAUCUGUCUUCUGGGUAUUCAUCUCAUUUUUCAUACUUUGCAUGCCACCAGUCGUCAAGGAUUUGACGUGGACUAAUAUGAAUUACGCUUUCGCUGUCUUACUCUGCUUGGCCUCAUUGGCAGCAGUGGGAUAUAAAACCUGGGGCAAGAAGGUCUUCACGGGGCCACUUAUAGAUGAAGACUAUUUCGAGCUUCAGACGCUUGCAAAAAAUGAAGAAAACUUGGGCAACUUUGUUGUUGGUGAUGAGGAAGAAGACUCCGGGAUUAAACAUGAGCAGGCCUCAAACAAAGAAUUCUUAAGCAACGAGGGUUUGAGUGUACAACAAGAAAAGGUGAGAAAGGCAGACGAUCCGAGCAGAAGUUCGAAGAUAGAUGGUCCUGAGGACCAAGAGGAAUUACUCUUAGAUGUCUCCAAAUCUGAAGAGUAA